UCCGCGUCGGCACAGACACAGCACACCUUCAGAUGGAGAUGAAGUAGCAGCGGUAGUCGAGCGACACAGAGAGAGCAGCGUCUGAACCGCGGAUCCGGAGGUUUUCUUCACUCGGGGGGGGACAGGUGACCGACCGCUCCAGCGUCCUUCGGUGGAAAUUACUGCUGGUACACCUUCCGGGCACGCGCACCCUCCGAUUCCCACAAUAGAUGUUACUGAACUACAUUUCGAUCUGAUCAUCUAAGCCCGGCACACCAACAUGGAAAAUGCGCACACUAAAUCGGCGACUGAAGUUUUAGACAACUUCGGUGUGAACGAAAACACUGGGCUGACUCUCGAACAGGUCAAAGUCAACCUGGAGAAAUAUGGACCGAACGAGCUCCCAGCUGAAGAAGGCAAGUCCCUGUGGGAGUUGGUGGUGGAGCAGUUUGAAGACCUCUUGGUGAGGAUCCUGCUGCUGGCUGCCUGCGUCUCCUUUGUGUUGGCUCUGUUUGAAGAAGGAGAGGAGACAACCACCGCCUUCGUAGAGCCGAUUGUUAUUCUUCUUAUCCUCAUCGCCAAUGCUGUUAUUGGGGUCUGGCAGGAACGGAAUGCCGAGAAUGCCAUUGAGGCUCUGAAGGAGUACGAACCUGAGAUGGGAAAGGUGUAUCGCAUGAACCGCAAGGCGGUCCAGAGGAUCAAGGCCAGAGACAUCGUCCCAGGAGAUAUAGUGGAGGUUGCAGUUGGUGACAAGGUGCCUGCUGACAUCAGAGUGACCUCGAUAAAGUCCACCACCCUGCGCGUGGACCAGUCCAUUCUCACAGGAGAGUCUGUCUCUGUCAUCAAACACACCGACCCUGUUCCUGAUCCUCGAGCCGUCAACCAGGACAAAAAGAACAUGUUGUUUUCUGGCACAAACAUUGCUGCCGGUCGUGCCAUAGGUGUCGUCGUUGCUACGGGUGUCUCGACAGAGAUCGGGAAGAUCCGUAAUCAGAUGGCGUCGACGGAGCAAGAGAAGACACCGCUGCAGCAGAAGCUGGACGAGUUUGGCCAGCAGCUCUCAAAGGUCAUCUCCCUGAUCUGCGUGGCUGUGUGGGUCAUCAACAUCGGCCACUUUGGAGACCCGGUCCACGGGGGCUCCUGGGUUCGAGGGGCCAUCUAUUACUUUAAAAUUGCCGUGGCCCUGGCAGUGGCCGCCAUCCCCGAGGGCCUGCCGGCCGUCAUCACCACCUGCCUGGCCCUCGGCACGCGUCGCAUGGCCAAGAAGAACGCCAUCGUCCGGAGCCUGCCGUCUGUGGAGACCCUGGGCUGUACCUCCGUUAUCUGCUCUGACAAGACGGGAACCCUCACCACCAACCAGAUGUCUGUGUGCAGAAUGUUCAUCCUAGACAAGGUGGAGGACUCCAGCUGCACCCUGCACGAGUUCUCUAUAACUGGUUCUACGUAUGCCCCUGAGGGACAAAUACUCAAAGACAACAAGCCUGUCCAGUGUGGAGACUAUGAUGGACUUAUGGAGUUGGCCACUGUGUGCUCGAUGUGCAAUGAUUCUUCACUGGACUAUAACGAGGCCAAAGGGGUUUAUGAGAAGGUGGGUGAGGCCACAGAAACAGCUCUCACCACCUUGGUCGAGAAGAUGAAUGUCUUCAAGACGGAUCUGUCUGGACUCACCAAGGUGGAGCGUGCCGGUGCCUGCAACUCAGUUAUCAAACAGUUGAUGAAGAAGGAGUUCACCCUGGAGUUCUCUCGUGACCGCAAGUCCAUGUCUGUCUACUGCACCCCUGUCAAGCCCGGGUCCCAGAGCAAGAUGUUCAUCAAGGGUGCGCCCGAGAGCGUGAUCGAGCGGUGCGAGUAUGUACGGGUGGGAAACAGAAAGGUGACGCUGACACCAGCCGUGCGCGACCAGCUCAUGUCUAAGAUCAGAGAAUGGGGGACGGGCAAGGACACCCUGCGCUGCCUGGCGCUGGCUACGCACGAUACUCCACCACGCAAGGAAAACAUGGAGCUGGAAAAUUCCAGCAAGUUUGUAGAAUAUGAGCUGGGGCUCACAUUUGUUGGCUGUGUGGGCAUGCUCGACCCACCCAGGAAGGAAGUGAUCGGUUCAGUGAAACUGUGCAACGAGGCAGGUAUCCGUGUUAUCAUGAUCACAGGGGACAACAAGGGCACGGCCGUGGCCAUCUGCAGACGGAUCGGCAUCUUUGGAGAGGACGAGGACGUGACGGGAAAGGCCUAUACAGGCCGCGAGUUUGACGAUCUACCGCAGGAGGCGCAGAGAGAAGCCGUCAAACGGGCACGGUGCUUUGCCCGCGUUGAGCCGGCUCACAAGUCCAAGAUCGUCGGAUACCUGCAGUCGUUUGACGAGAUUACAGCCAUGACAGGUGAUGGUGUGAACGAUGCCCCGGCCUUGAAGAAGGCAGAGAUCGGCAUCGCCAUGGGAUCCGGUACAGCUGUGGCAAAGUCAGCAUCUGAGAUGGUGCUGUCUGACGACAACUUCUCCACCAUCGUGGCUGCUGUGGAGGAGGGCAGAGCCAUCUACAACAACAUGAAGCAGUUCAUCAGAUACCUCAUCUCCUCAAACGUGGGAGAAGUCGUGUGCAUCUUCCUGACAGCCAUCCUGGGUCUGCCCGAGGCUUUGAUUCCAGUCCAGCUGCUGUGGGUUAACCUGGUGACCGAUGGCCUGCCUGCCACCGCCCUGGGCUUCAACCCCCCAGAUUUGGACAUCAUGGAUAAACCACCCCGCAACCCUAAGGAGCCACUCAUCUCUGGCUGGCUCUUCUUUAGAUACCUGGCCAUUGGAGGAUAUGUGGGUCUGGGAACAGUGAGUGCAGCCACAUGGUGGUACCUGUUUGAUGAGGAGGGCCCACAAGUGUCUUUCUAUCAGCUGCGACAUUUCAUGCAGUGCACUGAGGACAACCCCAUGUUCAAAGAAAUAGACUGCGAGGUGUUUGAAUCUCGCUACCCCACAACCAUGGCGCUGUCUGUGCUGGUCACCAUCGAAAUGUUCAACGCGCUCAACAGUUUGUCUGAGAACCAGUCCCUGCUCAGGAUGCCUCCCUGGGUCAAUAUUUGGUUGCUGGGAGCGAUCAUCCUCUCCCUCUCCCUCCACUUCUUAAUCCUCUACGUCGAGCCUCUGCCACUCAUCUUCCAGGUGACCCCUCUGCGUUGGUCCCAGUGGACUGUGGUCCUGAAGAUUUCCUUCCCAGUCAUCCUACUGGAUGAGGCUUUGAAAUAUUUAUCCAGGAACCAUCUGGAAGCCUAAACUCUUUUAGUCUCACCUUCUGUAAAAAGGUGAUGAGGAGAAGAAGUAUCGGAGGAGAUGGCAGCUGAACUAAGACCUCUCCCUCAACACACUCACACAGUUAGACACACAGCUACCCUCUUCCCAUUUUUGAGCUAGGAAACGUUUCUCUCCCCUGCCCUCGUUCCCCACUUCUGCAUGUCCAACAAACCACCACUAGAAAUGAGCGGGGCUUGCAUGAGAAUGAGUGUGUGAGAAAGCGAGAGCGCUUGUGCUCCUGCAUGCAUGGCUUUGUGUGAGUGUAUGAGCAGGUCAACGCUGCGUGUGUGUGUGUGUGUGUGUGUGUGUGUGUGUGUGGGAGGACACAGACGGAUGCAGACCUGUCUUUAUAGUUGCAAGAGCAAGAAACAACUGCAGAAAAGAAAAAUACAACUGCCCAGGGCUCUGCUUUUUAAAGGUUUCUGCUCAUUUUUUUGUUGUCUGUACAGUACAAACAUAGUGGUGGACUUCUGGGGGGAGGGAAGGAGAGGGGAGAACGGGGGAACAGACAUUGAUAAUACUGGGUGGGGUGGGGGUGGGACUUGGGGUUUUAAAAUCAACACAGAGACCAAAAGAGAGACUGAGAGGAGAAGAAUCUGAUGGACACACUGACAAAAAAGCAAAAGCAUCAAGGAAAGGAUGUGGAAGGUGAAAACAGCCUGGAGGCGCUGUGAGGAGAGAGCCACGGUACCCACGCGUGUCCACAGAAGCAUUAUUAUCAGGAGGUGCUGCCCAGGCUUCUGCCAUCACACUACUGGCAGUGAAUUCCAGCCAGCUCUGGCCUUAUCAGCACAACACGAUUGUAUCUCUGGCCAGUUUGUCACAGCGCUGCUCCUUCAUCACCCUUCUGUCUUUUACGCUCGACUCCUCUCCUUCGGCCUGUCUCUGCUCUCUCUCCGUCUCUUUCUCGCUCUCUGUGUGAGGAGGCAGCUGUGGGCCCGGGGUCGUGACUCUGUCGGGCUCUUCGGUCGGGUUGGGGUGCGGAGGUGUCGCUCCGCCUAAAGGUGUGAAUAGCUUUACGCUGCUUGGCUGCUUCCUUUGGCUCUAAAUUCGAGGGGCUGAGGUCGGCUCACACACUGGGCAAAGAAACGAAAUUUUAAAAAGUCAAACAGCAACCAAACCAGCAUAUCAGUAGAGUAGUUGUGAUCCAGCCCACUUAGCUGGCCCUCUUUAGCUUCACUAUAAUGUCCUUCUGCUUCUUUGCUGCCACUGGAAAAUCUCUGCGAGUCAUUUCAUGUAAAGGUUAAAGGUGGACGGGAAACUGAUGCUUCACGGUUCCUGCAUCAUGCGGCUUGUCUUCACUCAGCUGUGUCACACCCUGAACCAGCGCUGAGGUGUGUGUGCAUUAUAGCCUUACUUGAAUAAAGUUGUCUAAUUUGAUGUGAUAGGCUUUUUUUUUUAGUCUCAAUCGCACAAAUGAUGUAGUUUAAAGUAAGUUAGAGAAGUAAGUGGCUCGUCUCAGCGUCACGUGGACAUUAACAGUGUAUAUAUUAAGCACAUUGAACAUCCAUGCCUUACACGGCCCACUGCACCUCCACAUUAAACGUGUGGUCCAGAUGAAUGUGUUUCUGCCGACCUUUAAUGAGCUUUUUACCCAUCACUACCACUUUACACUCGCGUGCCCGGACCGUGAUUCUCAUACUGAUCACGUGAAGUCUUAAAGACUCUGAAUGUGGCUUUUUUUGUUUUUCUUGUUCUGCUUUGUGCGCUGCUCCCUCAGCUCCUCCUGCUUUCUCAGUGCUAUAGCAUUUCAUUUGGGUAUUUUAUAAUUAUUAAUAAUAAUAAUGUAUUUGACUGAAUGAACCCGCAGGGUUUGGAUUGUCUUUUAAGUCUUAAUUCUGGGUUUUGUGUGGGGCCCUGGUGCUCUGUGGACUGGGUCAGCUGUGUUUUUGGACUCUUAUUGCUUCCACAUGCUGCAGAGAAGAGAGUGUACACGUUUUUAAAAAAAAUCUUUGAAUAGGUGGAAUAAAAAUGGGAAUCUGCACACUGUGUCCCUCAUACUUUAAUUUAUUAAAGCAAUGAUAUGUUGUGGCUGUUGUGUGUUUAAAGGUAGAGCUGCAGUGAUUGUUUAAAAACACUGAAGCACUACAGCCAUUAAAAAACAAACAGCUUAAAGUUUAGCUGAGCUCCCCUUCAAGGCCAUCUUCUUGUGUACCUCAGUGCGACAGCCGGUUUCAUGUUUCUCCCUGGAGGUGCUCUUCUGACCACUUGUAUGUGGUCAUAUACAUGUGGUGAUGAGAGGUAAUGGUGAUCAUCUGAAAGAGGACAGUAAACAACCUGAGCUGAGGCUCGUGCCGCCGUUCACCUUAGAAAACUUUUGGCCAUCCGAAGUAUGAAAUUUUCAGCGUGCACACUUUGGGGGAGCUGUCCAAAAACAGCAGCUGGGUAGAAGUCAGUCGAGGUAAACUUCAUCCUGGAGCAAGAGGCUCUACAACAGAGCGAUCUUCUUUUCUUUUUUGUGUUCGCACCAAACGAUUACUAUAUUCAUAUUAAAAAUGGCUUUUACUUGCAGCACGGGACUUAAGGAAGGGUCCAAUGAUAGAUUUUUUUUUUGGGGGGAUGAAUUGAACUGGGAAUUAUCAACACAGUGUGCAGAUCUUUUUUUUCCCCCCUUUCUCGUUUUCAGACAGCAUUUCAAACCCAGUACUUAUUUUCAGUGUGAUGCAGAAAAUGUACCCUUCAACACAAUCGCAUCCAGUCUGCAGCUGUUUACUGUAGUGUAUGCAGCUGUACUACACACUCGUUUUGUUGCUUGGUGAUGGGGUUGUUUUUUUUCUCGCUCCAGGGAAUAGCUCGCCAAAGUAUAGAUGUUUCCAGUUUCGCAUGCUCUCUGGGGUCAUUCUUGGAAUGCACAGUAGGAAAUCGACUUAAGUAGACGAGGCAAAUUUUAAAAAAAUUACACUAUAAAGUUUGUUAAAACACCUCACCAGUUUUAAUAUCUAUCUACAUAUAUAUUAAAAAAUAGGUUUUAAGUGCGGACUAGUCCUUUAACUAUAGACCACAAGCUGGAUUUUGACUAUACUUGACAUAAAGCAGCCUUUAUGUUAAGGUUGAGCUUUUCAUGAUUUUUCCGUCACCACCGUGAGAAUGUGGCACCUCUUUCCAGACCAGCAGAUUCCACAUCCCUGUCCCAGAUCUCCAAGGCUCUGUAACAUGCUGGCACUAUAGGUCUGCAUAGCCUUGUUAUUUACUACUGAAUCCUCAACUCUGUACAGACGCUGAGAAAACGAUCGCAUGGAACCUUGUUACUGUAAUAAUAACCUAUACAGUAUAUAAUAUUUAAUUCUUUUUGAUAACUUGCAUCAAUGAAAACCUACUUACAACAAGAGACGGACUUACAAGACUUCAUGUUUUUCUUUUUCUUUGGAGCACAUGGUAUCUAAGGACCUCCUUUGUUUUUUGUCUGUUUUUGUUUUUUAAUUAUUAUUUGUUUUGUUUUCUUGUAGAAUAGAAAGAUUGUUUCUUCAUGUUUUCAUUUGGUUUUUACACUUGUGGGGUUUUGUGUCUUUUACUGUAGGGAGAAGAAUAUGAUGAUAUCGUGUUUAGGAUAGACGAGAUUAACGCUUACGCUAAUAAGUGGCAAUGACAUGGAACAUUUCAGUGAUAGCUAGCUGGUGUGAGGAUACUCAAGAAAUUGUGAACGAACAGUGUCUGGUUUACACUGAGCGAUAAGCAGUGAUGAAUCCUGGGAUAUGAAGUUUCAUGAGUGUACAUUGAAGGGCUUGGUGGUGAUGCAGGCUCUAGAGACCCCUUUCAGAUCUGACAUUCGGGACGUUGCACAGCUCUUCCAGCAUGGUACUCGGAGUCCUCCGCAGUCUAUAAAAGGCUAACCUCCUUUACUAACAGUGAAGGAGCGAUCAGGUUGAGAUGGAUAACAGCUGACUAGUGAACCCGCCUCUAGAGCCUGACCUCCACCUCUGAGAAAUUAAAAGGAUUCUCUGUGUUGCCUUGUUAAUAUUAAUUGUGGACACAUAAUUUUAUAAAUGACAAAGACGUGGAAAUAAAGAUUAUUUAUCUUGUUAUUUA